AUGCUGAUUAAACAAAGCACAGGAAAGGUUAAUAAGGAUGUAAUAUCUCAAAAGAUUACAAAAGUGGGGGACGGUCCACUCCUUGAAAAAGUUGACAAUGAUGUUACUCUCGUUAAUCAAUUAAAGGGUAAUAUAAAAAAUAAUUUAUCGCACAGUAAGAAGGAAGGAGAACAGAAUGAAGAGGAAUGGUCGACCCAAUCUGAAAACUUGAAAUCAGUAGAUGUCAAAGCGUUUCGACAAUAUGAAUUAGCUUGUGAUAGAGUUAAGCAAUUUUAUGAAGAGCAACACGAGAAACAAACGGUAGCAUAUAAUAUUCAAGCACGUAUCAAUUUUAAAACAAAGAGUAGAGCAAGAAUGACUGUUUGGGAGGGUCUUGAGAGGUUGAAUAAGUUAUUAGAUGAAAGUGAUCCAGAUACCGAGUUGUCCCAAAUUGAUCAUGCAUUACAGACAGCAGAGGCUAUUAGAAAAGAUAAUAAACCCCGUUGGUUUCAAUUAGUAGGGUUAAUACAUGACUUGGGUAAGCUUUUAUAUUUUUUUGAUUCUAAAGGUCAAUGGGAUGUAGUUGGGGAUACAUUUCCAGUUGGAUGUAAGUUUCUGAAGAAAAUUAUCUUUCCUGAAAGUUUCAAGAAGAAUCCAGAUUUUUUUAAUCCAUUAUAUAAUACAAAGUACGGUAUUUAUUCUAAGGGAUGUGGACUAGACAAAGUCAUGCUAAGUUGGGGCCACGAUGAAUACAUGUAUCAUGUAGCCAAAUUAAAUUCUACAUUACCUCCAGAAGCAUUGGCCAUGAUACGAUAUCAUUCAUUUUACCCCUGGCAUCAAGAAUACGCUUAUAGUUAUUUAAUGGAUGAACAUGAUGAGGAAAUGCUCAAAGCUGUUAAGGCUUUUAACGGAUAUGACUUGUAUUCUAAAAUUGAUCAAAGCUAUGACGUCGAAGAAUUAAAACCUUAUUACAUGGAAUUAAUAGAUGAAUUCUUCCCAAAGAAAAUUAUAGAAUUCUAA